ACCACACUGGAGGAAGGGACAUUUCCCCUCCACUCGUCUCUCCACUUCCCCCUGCACGGCUCCUCCUUGGCCUGGAGCGGGAUCUCGGGGUGACGGGACAGUUUAAGCAUAACCACCCUCCAUGGAUCUUCCUUACUAUCAUGGCUGCCUGACCAAGCCAGAGUGUGAAGCCCUGCUCCUCAAGGGAGGAGCAGACGGCAACUUUCUGAUAAGAGACAGCGAGUCUGUGCCUGGAGCCCUGUGCCUCUGUGUCUCGUAUAAAAAGCUUGUCUACAGCUACCGAAUCUUCAGAGAGAAACAUGGAUACUACAGGAUACAGACUGAGGCUGAUGUUCCAAGAAAGAUCUUUCCAAACCUAGAAGAAUUAGUCUCCAAAUACAAAAAGCCAGAUCAAGGACUGGUGGUUCACCUUUCAAACCCAAUAAUGAGAACCGACUUAUGCCAAAAAGGGAGAAGAUCGGAGUUAGAGCUGAAUAUUUAUGAGAACACCAAUGAGGAGUAUGUGGACGUCCUGCCUUGAAGACAAGGAUAUUGGACAAGGCAAGCUACAAAAGAGACAGCUCUGCUCUCAGCUGACACAUCGUCAAGUGUGAAUCUAAAACACCAAUUUCUAGUGGACCACUGCGACCCUCUGAUUCGGAUAGCAAGAUCUGUUCUGCAGCCUUGGAGGAGCCAUUUCCCAGAUGCCCGCCUUCUGGCACAAUCCUCAAGAGGCCCUAAAGCCACUACUUACUGACCUCUUACUCCCCUAUCUUGAAAUUGGACAGCCAUAACCCAGUCUCCUGUCUGGUUAGAGGCGGCUGGCCUGCUUCAUGGUUGACAACUUUCAACAGGACAACGGGAAGUGAAGUUUCACACAGCAAGCAGAAAGAGUACUCAACAGUGACGUCAGAGUUCCCAUCCUGUGACUGUGACUUUAGAGAAAUCACCCCCUCGUUUUCAGCUUCUUCAUCUAUUAAACAAUUGGGUGAUACACAUGUCUUGGACCCUCCAUUGAGCCUGGUUGUGUCAGGCGGAGCAGGGGUCUGAGCAGGAGGAUGAGGACCUAAGGAUACUGAGAGGAAGCAAACAUGUCCUCCUGACCUGUGAGGUCGUGG